AAACGGAUUAAAAAAAGCAAUUCUAUAAAAUAAAGAAUCUCCGCAUAACAAUUACUCUUCUUACCUGAAGCACUCUUUCUUUCUACGGGCAGCGGAAAUGGCUACUCCUCUCAGAAGCAACAGCUUGCUCUCCAUUGCCAUUGAGAGAACAGGCCAAUGGGUUUUUUCUCAAGAAAUUCCAACUGAUGUUGUGGUUGAAGUUGGAGAAGCCUGUUUUGCUCUCCAAAAGUUCAUGCUGGUGGCAAAAAGCAACUACAUAAGGAAAUUGAUAAUGGAAUCAACAGAACCAGACCUGACAAGAAUCAAUCUCUCAGAUAUACCUGGAGGCCCUGAAAUGUUUGAGAAAGCAGCAAAAUUUUGCUAUGGAGUCAACUUUGAAAUCACUGUUCAUAAUGUUGCUGCUCUUCGCUGUGCUUCUGAAUAUCUCCAAAUGACUGAUUUAUACUGCGACAAUAACCUCGUUGGUCGCACAGAAGAUUUCCUUUCUCAGGUUGCCUUGCCUAGCCUCUCCGGCGCGAUUGUCGUCUUGAAAUCGUGCGAAGAUCUUCUUCCCAUGGCUGAAGACCUUAAAAUUGUUCAGAGAUGUGUAGAUGUCGUCAGCGUUAAGGCCUGUAAUGAGGCAAACUUUUCAAGCCGGUCGCCGCCUAACUGGUGGACGGAGGAGCUGUCUAUUUUAGAUGUAGAAUUUCUGGGGAAAAUCAUUUCUGCAAUGAAGAAACGGGGAGCCAAAGCACUAACCCUAGCGAAUGCUCUCGUUACUUACACAGAGAGAAAUCUUCGAGAUCUGGUUCGAGAUCAUUCUGGCAACGGCACCAAGUCUUUGGAUCUUGACGACUCCGAUAUCAGGAGCCGCCAACGGGAGCUUCUACAAUCAAUAGUCUCUCUUUUGCCUUCUGAGAAAGCUGCUUUUCCGAUAAACUUCCUCUGCUGCCUUCUGCGGUCUGCCAUCUUCCUCAAAGUCUCCAAUUCCUGCAAGAACGAGCUGGAGAAACGAAUCUCCGCAAUAUUAGAGCACGUUACGGUGGAUGAUCUUCUGGUCUUGUCUUUCACUUAUGAUGGUGAGAGACUCUUUGAUCUAGAGAGCGUGAGGAGGAUCAUAUCUGGGUUCGUGGAGAAGGAAAAAACCAUGGCUGUCUUCAGCGGUGGCGAUUUCAAGGAUAAUUGUUCUACUGGGAUGCAGAGAGUUGCAAAGACCGUGGACGUCUAUCUCGGCGAGAUCGCAACCUAUGGAGAACUCAGUAUCUCCAAAUUCAAUGGAAUCGCCAUUCUAGUUCCAAAAGGAGCUAGGAAAGUCGAUGAUGAUCUCUACCGUGCCAUUGAUAUCUAUCUGAAGGCUCAUCCGAACCUUGACGAGAUAGAGCGAGAGAAGGUUUGCAGUGUGAUGGACACGUUAAAGCUCUCCUACGAAGCUCGACUUCAUGCUUCACAGAACAAACGCUUGCCUGUACAGAUUGUUUUGCAUGCCCUAUACUAUGAUCAGCUUAAACUAAGAAGUGGGGUGGACGAACGCAGCACCCCGGAACUUGGCGUUGGCAAUACAAGGCAUCAAUUGCAGAAGACCGAUGUGUCUCUGAUCAGAGAGAACGAGGCCCUGCGAACGGAGCUCAUGAAGAUGAAGCUUUUCAUAUCGGAUAUGCAGAAGAACAACAACAAUCAAGGGACUUCUGCGAAGGGAGGCCCUCGGAAGCCCACUUUCUUCUCAUCAAUGUCCAAGACUUUGGGGAAGUUGAAUCCUUUCAGGCAUGGAUCUAAGGAUACUUCUCAUAUCGAUGAGAAUGUUGGUGUGGACAUUACCAAGCCAAGAAGAAGAAGGUUCUCUAUUUCUUGAUUGUAUUGAUAAUCAUACAGUCUUUGUUUGUGGUGUAGAUUCCUUUUUAGAGAUGGGAUUGAUAUUCUCUUUCAUACUAUUGAGGGAGGAUAGUGUAGUUUGUGCAAUUGUGCUGUGAUGAUGAUGAUAUAUUUUCAUUUGAUUUCUGA